CCUGACACACAUACACAUGAUAAACAUACAUGUACAUUAUGUACCCUUGUUGAUAUCGAGUAUAGGGUCAAAUGUUUAUCGAUAGUGUUUGUCUCAUUAAUUUUGUUCGUGACUUCUGGAUACAGUAUAUGUUAUUUAUCAAUAUAAUUAUAUUGAAUUUCUCAUAACAGUAGCGAGCGAAAUUAUAUUUAACAAGUAAUGGCGAAUGCUGAUCGAGUCACAGGUGGAAAAUUUAAACUUUCAUCUGAAUCAGAAAGCUGUGCCACAUGUGCAAAAAGGAAUAGGAUAUGCUCUACGAAGUAUUGUGUAGAUUGUAGUGAACGUUUUUGUACAGUGUGUAACGAGACUGGGGACACUAUUACGGGGCAUACUUUGCAUAACGUCAUCGAAUGUCAAAAUGACCCGGAUACAGUGGAAUGUGACGUGCGGUUUACGUGCGACGACCACCCUAACGCAGAUAUUAUUACUUUCUGCAAGUUACACGAUGUCUUAUGUUGCAGUGAAUGUGUGAAGGAACAUCACGGGUCAUGCCCGACAUUGACGCUACCAAACGCUUACAAAGACUUAGCUGACACUGAAACUGAGAAGAAAAUGAUGGAAAAUUUAGCUUUGAUUAAAGAACACCUAAUAGAUACAAUCAAGCUUCACAAAGACGUAAAGAAAGUAUUACAGAAUGAUAAAGAUAAGAUUAUGAAUAGUUUACGGGAAUUACGAUCAUCCAUGGAAAAAAUGCUUGAAGAUUUGGAACGCUCAGCCAUAUCAAAAUUAUUGAAGGCAUGUGAAAACAUAGAAUCAGAGUUCAGACAGAACGCAGAAGCAGCUGAAAAGCAUUUGUCUGACAUCUUGAAAUAUGAGAAAGAAAUAAACCAGCAAAUGCUUAAUGACGCAAACAAAUUCGUGCUCUUUAAAAGAGUAGAUCAUCAAAAAGAGUUAUCCAGAACCGCGAGCGAGAAAUGCUUGAAACCACCUGUCAGAAGCAUCCAUUUCGAACCGAACAUAAAACUGAAGACACUUUUGCAAGAAGCUGAACAAUUGGGAACAUUUUCUUUCCUUUCAAACGAGAAGUCGGGUGUUAAAAAACAGCCUGACUUUCUAAUAAGCUCAGGUCAAAUAUCGCAAGAUGUCAAGACUGAAGAGGAUGAAAACCUUAGUAUAAUAAACAGAAUAUGUGUAACUCCGGACGGAAAUGUUUGUCUUGUUGACUAUGCAAAUAAGAAAUUGAAACUACUAGAGAGUCCGUCAUAUAAGGUUAUUGAUUCUAUGAACCUCGAGCGAGAUGUAACAGAGAUAGGUCUGUGUCCUGUUGACAAUGGCGAGGUAAUGAUUUGUGUUGGUCAAGAGAUUAUUUUCGUGUCAGUCGUUGGUAAAUUGAAGUUGGUAAGGUCAUUGAAUUUAACGCAUGAAUGUCUAAACGUAGGAUACAGCGAUCGAAAGAUUUUUGUAUCUGACGGUGCCGGCUGUAUUCGAUUGUACUCGAUGUCAGGGACACCAAUUAGUGAAAUACAUACAGACGUGUAUGAGAAUAGUUUGGUUUGUAGUGGGGAUGGCAACUUUGUGUAUUUAGGAGCGGAAGAAGAACUGGUUGCAAUUGAUAUGCAUGGGGGAAUUUAUUGGAAGUACAGUUCUGAAGAGAUAGGAAUGUCCUGUAUAAGGGAUGUAAACAUAGAUGGUUUUGGAAAUGUAUUAGUAUGCGGUGAUAGCCCAGGGGAAGGUAAUGACAUUGUGGCAUGUGUUGAUGCAGAUGGAAAAGUUAUAAGUACAUACGAUGGAGGUUUCGAACAUUAUUAUAGACCAUCGUGCUUGUGCUUUGAUAGGCAACAUUUCAAAAUUAUCGUAGCAAAUUGCUCUGGAGGAAACAUCGUGAUAAAUGAUUUUGGAUAUAACCUUUAAAACUUAAUUUGAAACAUCUUUGACCUAGUAAUUACAUGCAGGUACUGAUUUUGAUUUAUAUUGGUUCUGUGACUGUCGUUUUCAAAUAAGAUAGGGAACAUUUGGUGUUAUUGAAUGAAAGUGCAGUCAAACUAAAGUACAGUAAGAGAAUCUAUGAAUAUAUACUGCCUAUUUUAUAAAAUAUUUCAGAGAGGUGCACCAGAGAUGUUAUUUAAACAUUGUCAUGGGAUCUUGAUGGUGUAAUGAAACUCCUAGCCAACAUUAAAAUAAAUUGAUUACUUCAAUAUUAUAUAUUUUCCUGAAUAAAACGCUAAUGCAAUGCUUUUGCCAAUCAUUUUUGUCCUAUCAACAUGCAUUACAAUGUAAUUUUAAUAAUUAAUUAAAAUGUUUGGCAAAAGCGUUGCAUAAGCGUAAUACAAUGAAAUCUUGCCUUAGGAAAUCCGUUUAAAAAUAUUUUAUACUUUAGGAAGGAUGAAUGUUCUUCCCUGGUACACUGGAUGCAUUCCAGAAAUAAAAUUAUAAGUGCA